AAGGGAAUGCUGUUGCGCCCCUUAUCAUGCAUCACGUUUCUGGAAGUACGGCACCUCGGAUCUUAUCCGGGUCAUUAAAAUAAUCAUAUAGUAAUAAAACGACAACCACCACCAUAGCACGGUUCAGACUCCAUUGUUGACUUGAGAUGGCGGAAAUCAAGAUGAUUGGAGUGGUGGGUGGUGGCCAAAUGGGCUCCGGAAUUGCCCAGGUCGCCGCCAUGCACGCAAUCGACGUCUCCCUCUUUGACACCGACCCUCAAGCCCUCGCCAGAGCCGCCACCUCCAUCUCUGCUUCCAUCAACCUUCUUGUUUCCAAACUUCGUCUCUCCCAAGCGCAAGGUUCUGAUAUCUUGGGACGUCUGAGGUAUAUCUCAAAUAUGGAAGACUUCCAUUCUGCUGAUCUUAUCAUUGAAGCUAUAGUAGAAUCAGAAGAUGUAAAGAAAACUUUAUUUGUUCAACUAGACAAGAUUGCUAAGAGUUCUGCCAUUUUGGCGUCUAAUACAAGUUCCAUCUCGAUCACUCGUCUAGCAUUUUCAACAAGCAGGCCACAACAGGUUUUUAAUGUAAUCGGAAUGCAUUUUAUGAAUCCACCUCCUGUCAUGAAACUGAUUGAGAUUGUGAGAGGGGCAGACACUUCAGAUGAGACAUUCAGGGCUACAAAAGCAUUGUCUGAGAGGCUGGGUAAGACAGUAAUAACCUCUCAGGAUUAUUCGGGCUUCAUAGUGAAUCGAAUCCUUAUGCCGAUGAUAAAUGAAGCAUUCUUUGCUCUUUACACUGGAGUUGCAACUAAAGAGGAUAUUGAUACAGGAAUGAAGCUGGGAACUAAUCAUCCAAUGGGUCCUUUGGAGCUUGCAGACUUCAUUGGAUUGGACGUUUGCCUGUCAAUAAUGAGAGUUCUUCAUGCUGGCCUUGGUGACAAUAAAUACGCACCCUGCCCUCUGCUGGUCCAGUAUGUUGAUGCUGGUCGACUAGGAAGAAAACGAGGCAUUGGGGUAUAUGUCUAUCGUGAGGAGCCAAGGGUGAAGAAAUUAUCUCGUCUCUAAACUGUUUAGUUGGAUUAUAAAAUGGCUUAGCAGCUCAUCUGGAUUAGUCCCAUGGCAACUUUCAGACAGCUGAAAUUGGAGUUGAAUUUUACUGAAACCAAUGGAAUUCCAAUGUAUCAAAUAUAAAAUUCUGUCGAUUCUCACAUAAAUGUGGACAAUGAAAUUCCACUGCAUGAAAGGAAACCCAUGCCUAAAAUGAUAAUAGGAGAUACGGUGUAGCAUGUAAAACUUUCAGAUGCUUCUUAACCAACCAGGCAAUCAGCACAAUUUCUUGUUC